AUGGUAUUCACUUACCCGCCAAUGUUUGUAUCAGUUUCGUUCAGUGUUGGAAUUUCCAGAUCAAUCGUGUUGAGCCAUACUGUAGUGGAUGUUGGUAUAGUUGGUUUCGUUGAUCGCAAUGUUGGUGUGCUUUCUGCCGUAGUGGUUGGAGUAGAGGUGGAUACCGUAGAUGGAGUGGAGGUGGGAGCUGUUGUUGUAGUCGUGGUGGGAACUGUUGUUGUAGUCGUAGAAGUCACUGGAGUGGUGGUGGAAGUUGUAUAUGUAGUGGUGGUGGGAACUGUUGUUGUAGUCGUAGAAGUCACUGGAGUGGUGGUGGAAGUUGUAUAUGUAGUGGUGGUGGGAACUGCUGUUGGUUUGCUUGCUGCCGUAGCAGUUGUAGUGGAAGUGAAGGCUGUGGUUCUAGUGGUGGUGGAAGCUGCACUCCGAGUGGUGGAAGUGCCUGUUGAAACCACGGUUGUUGAUGGAUUUGUUGCAGCGGAAAGCGUUAUGGUCCUCGCAGUAGAGAUAUCUGAAGUUAGGAAGUCAUCUGUUGUAAGAUCUUAUUUAGUUCGCUAA